AUGACACGACUUGAUCUGAAUUUCGAAAUUUUUUACAACGUCGUUGAUGGCAAGCAUCGCGCAUCCGACAAAACCACAUUCAGCGUUGAUCCUUCAACGGAAUCCAAGCUAUGGGACGUGCCUGUGGCCUCCGCUCAAGAUGUGGAAGAUGCUGUCCGUUCUGCAAAUGAAGCCUUCAAGACCUGGUCUGUCACGCCUUUUGAAGAACGACUGGACAAGAUAUCUCAAUGGAAGGAGCUCUACAAGUCAUACAUUGAGGACUUCACCAAGUUGCUCAUGGCAGAGUGCGGAAAGCCGCGUGCUGUGGCGUCUGGUGAGGCGAACGAGAUAUUAGCUCUGUUUGAUCACAAUCUGCAACUUCGCAUCCCGGAAGAGCGAAUUGAGGACGAGACACGCAUCCAGACCACUCGCCAUGUUCCUGUCGGAGUCGUCGCAGCUAUUUGUCCGUGGAACUUCCCUCUGGUGCUGUCUGUUGGAAAGAUCUUGCCUGCCUUGUUGACCGGGUGUACUAUCAUCGUCAAGCCAUCACCCUUUACACCUUACUCGGCACUCAAGAUGGUUGAGCAGGCACAGAAGAUCUUCUUUCCUGGUGUUGUCCAGGUUAUUGGUGGCGAUGACUCUAUUGGUCCGGCGUUGGUCAACCAUCCCAAUGUCAACAAGAUCACCUUCACGGGUUCCGGUGCAACUGGGAAGAAAAUUAUGGCCUCGGCGGCUGGGACACUGAAGCGUGUGACUCUUGAACUGUAA